AUGCAAGUGCCGAACUCACUGCCGAACUCACUGCCCCCCGCCGAACUCACUGCCAUCAAACUUGCAAUCACAUGGGCAAACGCCGAAAAUAUUAAAGCAUUUAAUUUAUUCUCUGAUUCUAAAUCCUCGCUGCAGUCGCUAGAAAACCCAAAUCCGAAUGACCCACUUGUGGAAGAAAUUAGGAACAUGGUCAAAUAUAAAACAUGCUGUCUCAACUGGGUAAAGGCACAUUCUGGGGACAUUGGCAACGAGGAAGCUGAUGCACUUGCCAAACAAGGCACUCUUCUUGGCAGGGUUGAUCACUAUUAUCCUCUUUCAAAACCACAAAUCAAUUACAGACUGAGGCAGUCUGUUGCUCAAAACAUGUCUGCUAUAAUCAUAAACAGUCAUGAAAAUUUGUCGACAAUUAUUUUAAAAGCAACAUGA